GAAUAGAAGCUUGAUAAAGGUUUAUUGUGUUCACUUUACUGACUGUAGCUGCUUAUGAUGUUGGUAUAUUGUUUAAUUCACAGUGGCUGUCCCAUAGAUAUGAAUGUUCGCUGACAGUGUACUGCCUGGACUCAGUCAGAAGCAAAGUCUGGCCUGAACGUUCACUUUAAAAGAUUGAUCGAAUAAUGUAGUGUCCCGGUUCUCCCCAAUGAUGAGUAAUAAUCAAUGAGUUUAUCCAGAGCAAACAUAAUCUGCCGCAACUAAGUGCGCUCCACAGGGAUUUUAUUAAGUAUCAGAAAGAUAAUUUGACUAUUUAUAUGCUUUCAACACAUCAACAGCAGCCUGAAAAAAGAAAAAAACUAAAGUAUUGUCAUGCUGUAAAACUUCAUCAACCGAAUCACAGCAAUCACAUGUGUCUGCCUGUUACACAACAAACAAGGAGGGGGAAAAAUCAUCUGAAAAGUGAGCCAUGGCGGCUGAUCUGGAUGUGGUGAACUUGUUCAUUAUUGCGGGGGGAACACUGGCUAUUCCCAUCCUGGCCUUUGUUGCAUCCUUCCUCCUCUGGCCAUCUGCACUCAUUAAAGUGUAUUACUGGUACUGGAGGAGGACUCUGGGCCUAAAGGUGCGCUACGCAGACUGCGGUGGUUAUCGCUUUUGUUACGCCUCCAGAGGAAAGCCUGGGAUGAGACCCUCCAUUUUGAUGCUGCAUGGCUUCUCUGCUCACAAAGACACAUGGCUCACUGUUGUCAAGUAUUUACCAAAACAUCUGCACAUUGUGUGUGUGGACAUGCCCGGUCACGAGGGAACAACACGCACCAACACAGAGGACUACUCCAUUCAGGGGCAGGUCAGAAGGAUCCAUCAGUUUGCGGAAACCAUUCGAUUAAACAGGAAACCUUUCCAUGUGGUGGGAACCGCCAUGGGGGGAAACGUAGCUGGGGUUUACGCAGCCUGCUACCCCUCAGACAUCUGUAGCAUCACUCUCAUUUGUCCAGACGGUAUAAGACACCCAUGUGAGACCAAAUUUGACAAUCAUCUGCAGGACCUGAAGCACAGCAAUUACACAUUAAACAUACCACUGAUCCCUACUACACCAGAGGAGAUGGAGGACAUGUUCAGACUUUGUUCUCAUGUUCGCUUUAAAAUCCCUCAGCAGAUUCUGCAAGGACUGGUAGAUGUUCGGCAGCCUCACAACACAUUUUAUGAAGAAGUAUUUAUGGAGAUUGUUGCUGAGACAUCAAGAUAUGCCUUACAGGAGCACAUACAUCUGAUCACUGCACCUUUACAAGUGAUUUGGGGCAAAAAGGACCAGGUGGUGGAUGCCUCUGGAGCUACAGUCAUUGCAGAGCUGGUGCCUGGAUGCAGAGUGGACCUGCUGGAGAACUGUGGACACUCUGUGGUGAUGGAGAGGCCUUGUAGGACAGCCAAACUCAUCCUGGAGUUCAUCAUUUUGCAGCAAGAUGCCAGGGGUGGCACCAAGAAAUCUUCCUGAACUAGACUUGCAAAAAAUAUCUUUCCACUGCAAUGCUUUACAUGUCCCUUGUACGUGACAUGCAUAUUUAAACAGAUGUCUAGCUUCAAAAAAAUGGACAGAAAACUCUGUCCAUUCUCUGACAAACACUCUAUGUCUCUAGAGUGUUUUACAUUUCUUAGAAAAUAUAUCGCAUUUAAUUUGUAAUGUAUACUGCAUCAUGAUAAUAAAAGUCCCAUGCAUUUACCU